AUGCUAUCCUACUCCCAUCUGAAGUAGCUGUUAUCCACUGCAAGGCACACACUCUGGGUAGUGACGACAUUUUCAGAGGUAAUGCCUUGGCUGACAAAGUGGCAAAAGAAGUUGCAGCCAAGACUCUUUAUUAUGAAAUGUUUCCUGCUAUGCUCACACCUCCCACAUGCCCGACUGACAGUUUGCUUUUGCAGCUCCAAGCCUUUGCAACGCAAACUGACUUUGAUUUUUGGAUUAAACAAGGUUUAGAAAAAGAUCAGAAUGAUCUUUUCUCUAGAGAGGGGAAGAUAGGCAUACCUGAAGCCAGCUGUUUUAUCUUUAUCAGUCAGGCCCAUGGUCCUGGCCACAAGAGCAUAGCAAGUACCAUCCAAUUCCUCAUGAAUUCAUUUUAUAUUAAGAAUCUCAGGCAGCAUGUACAGUCUUUUGUUAGAUUGUGUGAACCAUGUAUGAGAACACAUCCGAAUAUUCCACACAAAUCACAGCACGAACAUUUUCCCCCUCCAGCUGCUCCUUUUACACACUUACAGAUUGAUUUUACUCAUGUACCCAAAAUUGGUAAGAAACAGCAAUACUUACUGGUCAUAGUUGAUCAGUUUAGUAGAUGGCCUGAGGCCUUUGUGACAUCUAGGGAGGAUGCUAGGACGGUAGUGAAGAUUCUUGCUACUGAAAUUAUUCCCAG